CAGAUUCAGCAUCCUUUUCAUCGGCAACAUCCCUUGGUGUUAGUGGCAGAGCAAAGCAAUGAAGGUCUCAAAGCUCACUGCGAUGGAUGUGGGGAACUGCUUUCAGCUCCAUGCUUCACUUGUAUUCAUUGCAAUUAUCACCUUCACAAGCAAUGUGCAGAGGCACCCCUUUACAUUCCUAAUCACCCUCUCCAUCCCCGGCACUCAGACUAUGGUCUUUUUCUUCGACAAAGGCCACUUCCUCAUAAUAACCUGGUAUAUGGUUGUGCAUUAUGCAAGGAAAAACGUAACAUGUUUUUUUAUCAAUGUAGAAUUAAUUGGCGGUGUUCUUUUUCCAUUGAUAUCAAAUGUGCUCAAUUAUCUUCUUCAUUUAAGUUUAGCCAACUGUCCAAACAUGACAUCCACAAACAUCCAUUGACCUUCAUAGAUGUACCCAAAAGAUUUAACUGCUCCUGGUGUCAUGAACCAUUGACAGAUGCUAUAUAUCUUUGUCCUGACUGUCCAUUCAUCAUUCACAAGAAAUGCCUUGAUGAGUUACCCACUGAAAUUGAUCACCCUACACAUCACUUACACCCUCUUAUUCUUAACCGUAGUGAUAGUGAUUACUUGUGCAACCUAUGCCAAAAGCAACAUUCCGGACCUUUUUACGAUUGUUCUCUUUGCCAUUUUAACAUCAAUGCUGAAUGUGCUUGGCUGAGGUCCAUUGUUGAAGAUAAAAGCUGUCAUCAGCACCCACUCACCUUAUUUUGGAGACAAGACUCAUUCAUUUGUGAUGCAUGUGGCACUGAAGGAAAUUAUAUUUCUUACAUAUGUUCUACAUGCUGCACCACAGUCCAUAAGAAAUGCAUUUCACUCCCACGCAUUAUCAAAUUUUCUCGACAUGAUCACUGCAUUUUCUUCAAACACGAGAGCUUACAAGGCAUGAUUGCAAGAUUUGUUUCAAUGAAGUAAAACUAGAUCGUGGGAGUUACUCUUGUAGGAAGCCAGGUUGCAAUUACGUUGUCCAUGUGAAUUGUGUCUUAGAGUAUGAAAAGUUGUACAAGGUAAUUGAGGAAGAAAAGCAAUGUGAGGAGCUUGAAGAAAAAUCUAUGCAGUCUUCCAUCAUUCGUGUUAUUGAGGUGAAUGAAGCUGGGGAAGCUACAAAGAUUUAACAUUUCAGUCAUCAACAUUGCUUGGUGUUAGCAGACAAGAAGGAGGAGGAAAUUGAUAGAAAAUGUGAUGGGUGCAUGCUGCCUAUCUCAAAUAUUUUCUAUUAUUGUUCAGAAUGCCCAUUUUUUCUUCAUAAAACCUGUGCUGAAUUACCAAUAAGCAAGCAACAUCGGUUUCAUCAAAGCAAUGCCACCCUCAAUUUCCACAGCUUCAUGAAAUGUUACUUUUGCAGUCAAUAUUCUAGUGGUUUCUUCUAUAGAAUUAGAGGAUAUAUGUACAUGUGCUUAAGGUGUGCUAAAGUUUCUGAUAUCAUUGAAUGUGAAGGACACCAACACUUUCUCUUUUUUGAUUUCAAA